UCUAGUUGGCUUCACGUUCGCGCAGAGCGCAUCGCAUUCGUCUUUUCAUUUAUCUAAUUUCGCUAAAUUCAAAUGUCUGUCCCACCUGGAUCCAUAAUUGUGUCGGACUGGCACCGAUUUCCAGACAGCAGAGAGUUUUUCAGCAGAAUACUGCAUAAUAAGAAACGAAGAAAGUUUGGGCUGUUAGAAGCACCAAUGAUGCCUCCUCAUAUGAAUGUGGACAUCGUUCGCUACAAAGUCUUCAUCUCAGGGAAGACUGGAGUCGGGAAAAGCGCUCUUGCUGCCCGUCUCGCUGGCCUCGAUUUCCCCAAAAUGCACUAUGAGACCACAGGCAUAGAGACAACAGUGGUCUUCUGGCCUGUAAGGCUGAAGGAGAGUGGUCGAGUGCUGUUUUUCCGCUUUGAGCUUUGGGAUUGUGGGGAAAGUGCAAUACGAAGAUUUGACCACAUGUUACCGUCCUGUAAGGAACAGGUGGAUGCAAUCCUUUUCCUGUUCUCCUUCACUGAUCGUGGCUCCUUUGAUGAUCUUUCAAAUCAGAUAACACGGAUCACAGAAUCUUCAGAUCGAGUGGUUAAACUGGUCGUCGGCACCAAAUUUGACUUAUUUAUGCACACAGACGUGACAGAAAGCGACGUAACACAUUUUCAAGAAGUCUGGGGUCUUCCGAUCUUCAGAGUGGGAGGUGAUGUGAGUGCGGGGCUUGGUGAAAUAGCACCCCUCCUAAAUGCCCUUGCAGAAAACCUGUGGCACCAAGACUGUAUGGCUGCUUCAUCUGUGUCCAUCUCCACACCGGCUGCUCUCAGAGAAACGGACUCAGAGAUUAUUGUAUAGCUUAAGCUUGUAUGUAUAUUGUGGGUCAGUCUAACAUGGAUUGGGCAAUACAAUUUAUAGAUGGAAUAUGCUGCUCUGGAAACACUCUGAAUACCACUUACUUGAAGUAGUUUUCGGUUUCUAAUGCCUAAAUCAUUUUCUUAGUCAUUUCAGUCAGUGACAAAUAUCUGAGUCAAUAAAUGGUGAACAAAAAUAUAAAAA